AUGGAAUCUAAGACUUUUGUGCCAGCGAGCGACGACCCUAUUAGAUUUUAUAAGGUCUUUAUGUGUAGAUGGGCAGGUAGAAAGAUCCAGAUGUGUAACAAAGAAACCUGCACACACGCUCACUCAAAAUCCGAACUUCGAAGUCCAAAAGACCCUCUCCCACUCAAAAACAAACAAAAAAUCAAAACCCUAUUCCUCUCAAACUCCACCCCAAAAACCCCAUCCUCCUCUGCCUCCAAAGAAGAACUCAACCGUCUCAGAAUCACUCUUAAAAAAUCCCAAAAAGCUGCUGCUCAAAAAGAAGCUCACCUUACUCAGAGACUAUCCAUUCUUUGUGAAGAAUUGGAAAACAAGAAUGAGAUAAUUAAAAAUUUAGAGAAGACAUGAGAGCAAUUAAAAUUAAAAAAUUCUGAAUUUCAGUUAGAAACUCAAAGAGAUAAAGAUUUAAUUAACAAGAUUGUAAAACAAUCAAAAAAUGAGUUAACCCAGAUGAUAGAAGAGUUAUCGAAAUUAAAGAAAAGUAAUGAUCAUCUAAGGAAAUUUCUUGAAAAUGGGAAAUUGCAACUAGCUACUUAUAUUGAGCAUUGAAACUCUUUAAAGCAAACAAUAAAAGACUUGAAAGAUGAAGCAAGAUACUCUAUUGACUUAGAUUCAGAUGAUUACAAAGAUUUGCCUUAUGCAUCUCGUCUAGAUUACAGACAACUCUUGUCAAGCUUACUCGAAAAGAUUGAGUCUAUUUAUGAAUGUCCUUUGUCUUUUGAAAAGAUUAAAGAGCCUGCAAUUCUUCCUUCAGGGAAUACCAUAAGCAGUGUUUUUUAUAAAGAACUUGCGAAGAAAUAAAUUUAAAGAUCCUUUCGAUAAGAGUCGCAAAUUACCCCGUUUGAUUGUCAAUAGAUUUGCAGUCAAUCUUAGAGAAAUCUUAGAUGAGGUAACAAUAAACAAAAUAAAUAUGGAAAAGAAAUGGGAAGUGAAAAGUCAAGGAUGUCAAGCUAACAUUAUUCUAAACACAGAAGACGAGAUCGAAGAAAUUCACAACUUAAGAAGGAUUAUGAAGGAUAUUAAGCAUUUUUAUGAAGGAAAAUGCUUUAGAUUGACGAAUAUGAUACAUUCCAAGUCUUUCAAAGCUAUUGUUUCACUUUUUCAAUCUCCCUCGAUUCCAACACUACUCCUCCUUCUCUCAAUCUGGCACAAGUACUCCAAGCACAUCUUCACCCUCUACCUGUCCCGCUCCCGCCCUUCCCACACUGUCUGCACUCAGACCUCUGAAAUCCUCCCUGAUCUGACUUCCAAAAUAGCGUUCACAAGGAAAUUACAAACUUUGUUUGAGUCUCAAAUCCUGACUGCUGAAGAACAAGGUGAUUAA